AUGAGUGGUAAAAACUGGAUAUUAAUGUCUACAACUUCACCCCAAAGCCUGGAAGAUGAAAUUCUGGGACGGCUUCUGAAAAUUCUAUUUGUUUUGUUUGUUGACUUAAUGUCCAUUAUAUAUGUCGUCAUAACUUCCUGA